CUAGCAGGCAACAAGUCCAGUCGACCUCAGAAGAUCGAAUGAGAAUGCCGUCGAAGCUGUUUGAUGAUGACGAUGGCGACUCUCCGGUGAACGAAGUCGCCGAUACGCUCCCGAUAGAUGAGAAAUACGGUAGUAGGUUAAUUCACAACAGAGAGCGCGAUGAUCUCCGGCGAUACGAGAAGGCGGUGGCGGAAGGUGAAAUCGACGACGAAGACGACGACGACGAAUCAGAAUCCGAAGAAGAAGUGCCUGAGCCAAAUGACGAUGAGGAUGAUAUCGCAGAGUUUAUCGAUUCGUUGGUUAAGGUUAGAGCAAAGGACCCUGUGUUUAGGGUGACCGGCUUGACCGAUGGGGUUGAUGAGGAGGAACGAAAAAGGAAGAAGGAGGAGAAGAAGAAGGAGAAGGAGGAAAAGAAGAAGAAUAAGAAGAAGAAGAUGUAUCUGAAAGACGUCCAGGCAAGGCAAUUGCUUGAAGGAGGUCCAGAUUCUCUCGAGGAAAAUGAGGAGAGGAGAGGGUCUCAGAGUUACGCUGAGAAGAAUGAGGAAUUGAAGCGAGCAGUACGCGAUGCUGUGGAGACUGGAGAGGGUAAUGAUGAUGAUGAUGAUGAAGAUUUGUUUAGAGUAAAGGAAGGAGAUGAGCAGGAGGAGGAGGAAGAAGACGAGGAGCUGAAGAAGAAAGCGGAUGAGUACUUUGGUGAAGUAUCUCAGCUUGGCGAGAAAGAUAAGUUUUUGAGAGAUUUCAUUGUGAAACAGAUGUGGAAGGAGAAAGAUGGAAAGAGCAAGAUUGAUGAAGAUGAGUUGGAUGAGUUGGAUAAAGAUGAGGAAGCUCUUUGGAUGCAAGAGGAUUAUGAGUAUAGCUUCAGGCACGAGGAGAAUGCAGGGGAGACAGUUAUGGGUCAGUCUAGGAUCGUAGAAGGCUCUGUUAGGAAGAAGGAUAAUUCGAGGAAGACACAGAGGAAAAACAAAGAGGAGAGGUUGAAGAUGGUUGAGUUGGAGAGGCAAGAGGAGCUGAAGCGGCUGAAGAAUGUCAAGAAGAAGGAGAUGAGGGAGAAGAUGAAGAAGGUGCUCUCUGUUGCUGGUUUUAAGGAAGGAGAAGAGUGUCCGUUAGAUGCGAGAGACCUUGAGGAUGAGUUUGAUCCCGAGGAGUAUGAUAAGAUGAUGAAAGCUGCGUUUGAUGACAAUUACUACGGUGCGGAGGAUGAAGAUUUGUGUAGUGAUGAUGAUGAUAAUGAAAAACCAGACUUUGACAAGGAAGAUGAGCUGCUUGGACUUCCAAAGAAUUGGGAUGUGAUUCAAGGUGGAGAUGGUUUUACAGUCGCCAGAGAAAAGGUUUUGAAGCUUAAGGAGAAUGUCGCUGGUGAUGAAGAAGAAGAAGAAGCAGAAGUAGAAGAGGUGGAAGAAGAGAGAGAGGGUAAGAGGAAGAGAAAGCGGAAAACAUCUCUUGUACAAAGAGCCAAGGAGGCUUUGAUGGAGGAGUAUUACAAGCUAGACUAUGAGGAUACAAUUGGAGAUUUGAAAACAAGGUUCAGGUUUGCGAAAGUUCAACCAAACAACUACGGGCUGGAGCCGGAAGAGAUACUCUUUUUAGACGACACAGAGCUGAACCAGUACGUGCCAUUGAAGAAGAUGGCUCCUUUCAUGGAAAAGGAUUGGGAGGUGAAUAGUUAUAAGGUUAAGGACCAGAAACGUAAGGUCAGUGAGUUAUGGGAGAAGAUGGAUGAUAAUCAUGAUGAUGAGAAGAAGAGAAGCAAGAAGAUAAAGAAGAACGAUGUUGAAGAGAAGAAGACGAAGAAACCAGUAGAGAAAGCAGCAGAUGAGGAAGGCGAGGCUGAGACGAGUAAAUUAUCGAGAAGGGCAAAGAGAAGAAGGCGUGAGGCAGAAAAGAAGCUUCCUCCUAACAGAAUGGCUGCUUAUGGUAAGGCAAAUUAAGAAAUGAAUUAAUUAAAAGAGAAAUGUUUCGUCAUCCAUUUCUCCAUGUUUUGUUUAGACUCAAAUCCUAGGUUUGAUCUGUUGGAACUACUUUUGUUUUUCAACCCUGUGAUAUGGUUUUUGUUUUUUCUCUCUGUUUUAUCACUUUGAUAUGUUAUAAAUCAUCAGAAACUCCAUUUGAAUAUC